CCGUAACACGGAAGCCGCGAGGAGCCAUUAUUUGUAUUCCAUGUGUUCCCAGCCGCCGAAGAAUGAUUUUUACUUUUACUGCCGCCUGCUGGAAACCCGCCGCGUUGCGUGGAGCUUGCCAGAUGGUGUCUACCCUCUCAAAGAGAAUGGUUUCUUGAACGUUGCUGUUAGAAUUCGAAUCACCAGGAGGUAUCAGACAGUUUCUGCCUCGGAGAGUCUCUCGUCAAAUAGAAAAAUCGCUGUUCGUGUCUUGCAAGUCUCCGGAGCCUCCAUAUGCGGCAUAACCCCUGGUCUUCUGUCUCUGGCAGCUGAGCUGCCACAUCCCUCUGAGAAGUCUUCCUUGACCUUCCUCUGGCAGAAACUGACCCAGCAUUGUAAGUCAACUAUUCCAAUAAAAAAUUAUUCAUUAAAAACAAAGAAAGUUCGUCUGAUGGCUCUCGAUGAAGGAUGAAAUGUGGGAAUACUGGAAGAAAGGAAUGAAGGAGAUGUCCAGCAAGGUGACCGUUGGCAGUGACAUUGGGCAAGCCCGCCGGGCCGUGGAGCAGCUGCGGAUGGAGGCGGGUAUUGACCGCGUGAAGGUAUCCAAGGCAGCUACUGACCUGCUGCAGUUCUGCACAGAGCAGGCCAAGAGCGACCCCUUUCUCGUGGGCAUCCCGGCCGCCACCAACCCCUUCAAGGAGAAGCCCUGCGCCAUCCUGUGAACCCUGCAGCCCGGACCACCCAGGGGGCCUCAAUAAACAGAAAGCCGGUGCCCCGCAACAAGAGAAGCCACAGCAGUGAGAAGCCCGAGGACUGAAACAAAGAGUAGCCCCUGCUCACCACAAAUAGAG